CCUUCCGCCCGCCUCCCCCUGCCAUGGCGGUUCAGCGCCGCUUCUGGUUCGUGUUCGGCCUCAGCGCCGAGGAGGCGGCGGGGGACGCGGGGCCGGGGCGGCACCGCCUGGAGCCGAGCGGCGACGGCAUCCGCCGCGUGCGGCCCGCGUGGAGCUACGCGGUGCUGGAGACGGGCUCCGGGCUGGAGGUGCUGAGCGCGGGGCGGCGGCGGUCGCUGCCCGAGGACUGCGAGGCGGCGCUGCCGUCGGAGACGCACGCGGUGCUGCUGCGGGGGGCGGCGGUCGAGGCGUGGCCCCGCGCGGCGCUGCUGCGGGGAGAGCUGCGGGGGGAGCCCGCGUGGAGCCGAGCGCUGCCGCCGGGAUCGCGCCCCGCGCUGCCGCUGCUGCCGGACGGCUUCGUGGCCCCGCGGCCGCCCUUCUACGCGGCGCUGCCCGGAGCGCUGCGGCUCCGCGCGUUGGCGUUGGGACACGAACACGUCGUGGGGCUGGGAGCGGCCGGGGAGGUGUACGGCUGGGGAGGCGGCAGGCAUGGGCAGCUCGGCCACGGCAGCCUGGAAUCCGAGCAGCAGCCGCGGCUGGUGGAGGCUCUGGGUGGUGUGCCCAUGAGGGCGGUGGCAGCCGGCGGGUGGCACUCGGCCUGUGUCAGCGAUGGCGGAGACCUCUACAUGUGGGGCUGGAACGAGUCGGGCCAGCUGGGGCUGCCCUCCCGGACGGUGGCAGAAGAGCAGGCAGAGGAUGAGGACAUGGGUGCAGUGCUCUGCACAGGGCCUGAGGAUCCACCGCUGCCUGGGGAGUCGCUGGGCCCUGCCUUCAUCUCCAUCCAGGCCUUCCCGGCCCUGCUGGACCUCCCUUUGGAGCCGGCGGUGGCUGCAGUGAGCUGCGGUUCACGGCACACGGCUGCAGUCACACGAGGCGGAGAGUUGUACACGUGGGGCUGGGGUAAAUACGGGCAGCUCGGGCACGGGGACCGUGCCAGCUGUGACCACCCACGGCGUGUGGAGCAGCUCUGGGCUGAGGGGCUGUGGGCACAGGAGGUGGUGUGUGGGCCCUGGAACACCUAUGUCUGCGUCCUGCAGCAGGGAGGGGCGCGGGGCUCCCACCCGCCCAGCACAGCCCUGCAAGCUGGGACUAAGCUUGGGAGCUGCCAGGGGGAGCUCAGCCCCCAUCCCUGACCUCAG